AUGGAACCAAUCAUCCAUCCCAUAUUCGAGAAACAAACCUCAACAUGGCAAUACAUCGUAGCCUGUCCCGAGACACACGAAGCCGUUAUCAUCGACCCAGUCCUCGACUUCGAUCCAUCCCAACUCACCGUGACUACAACCUCAGCCGACGAACUUCUUGAUCUUGCGGCCUCAAAGGGCUAUCACAUCACUCGAAUCCUCGAGACACACGCUCACGCCGAUCAUCUCACCGCAGCCCACUACAUCCAGACCAAGCUCCAUCAUCAACAGCGCUCCUCACUCUCCGCCUCAUCAUCAACAGAAUCAAGCCCCAAAGUCCCCAUCUGCACCGGCCACCGCAUCCGCCAAGUCCAAGCCACAUUCGCACAACGAUACAACAUCCCGCCCAACGACCUCUCCACCGCAUUCGACCACCUCUUCCAAGAUGACGAGACCUUCCAAAUCGGACGCAUCACCGCCCGAGUCCUCCAUCUGCCCGGCCACACGCCCGAUCACAGUGGAUACAUGAUAGGCAGCAAUGUAUUCACGGGGGACUCGAUCUUCAAUCCAGAUGUGGGCAGUGCGCGGUGUGAUUUCCCGCAUGGAGAUGCCCGCGCCUUGUAUCAGACGAUGCGGAAGCUGUUGGCGCUACCGGAGCAUGUUAAGCUGUAUACGGGGCAUGAUUAUCCACCUGCGGUUGAGGGGGAUUCUACGACUAAUCGGGCGCCUAAGGCUUUUGUGACGGUCAAGGAUCAGAAAGAGGGGAAUAAGCAUGUGAAGGAGGGGACUGGGGAAGAGGAGUUCGUGAAAUGGAGACAGGAGAGGGAUGCUGCGUUGGGUGAACCUCGUCUCUUGCAUCCUUCGUUGCAGGUUAAUGUUCGGGGUGGGAGAUUGCCUUGGGGUGAUACGGGGAAUCGGCGGAGGGCUUUUCUUUGGAUGCCUGUGAAUGUUCCCGAGGUUAUGGGGAGUGGUAGUAGUAGGAGAGGUGUAUCUACGAUGUCUAUGUCGUCGGCUAGGCUCGGGGGUAGUAGCUCGCGGGCUGUUCUGAGGUCUGUUGAUAGGUUGAGGACGGUUAUGCGCAGGUUUGUAUAG